AUGGCGCGAGCCUCGAGCCCGCCAACCCCGUCCGACGACCGGACUGUCGUUGCAACAGCUCACGACGAUGACGAUGCCUCCUCCACCAUUAGCCGAUUCAGCUCGCGAUCCUCCUUCGACUCCGAAAGACCCUCGAGGCGGAAGCGCCGAAGCCGGCGCGCGGCCAGCACCUUGCGAGCCAUCUCCUUCUUUGCCGCCCUGAUCUCCGCCCUUUGCGCUGGCUCCAUCACCGUCUUUUCCAUGUACGGCCACAUCUUCCAGGAACGCCUGCAUUACACUCAGUUCCAGGUCAACGGACUCGCCAUCAGCAGCUCCAUCGCCCUCUACCUCCCCGUCUCCUUCCUCGGCUACAUCUGCGACCGCGUUGGCACCCCACCUCUCUCCCUCCUGGCGGCUAUACUGUUUGGCGGCGGCUACGGGUUGGCUGCUGCAACAUACCGGAAGCUCGAGGCGGAGAAUCUGGGCGGCCUGCGCGACUAUGCUGGAAAGCGAAUCGCUGGUGGUGCCGACUGGACCUAUCCACUGAUGAUCUUUGCGUUCGUCUGCGUCGGCGUCGGUACCUGCUCCAUGUACCUGGCGGCCGUUGCGACAUGCGCAAAGAACUUUGGCAAGGGAAAGCAUCGCGGACUGGCUCUUGCUGUGCCCAUUGCUGCCUUCGGACUAAGCGGCAUGUGGCUGAGCCAGCUUGGUAGCCAUGUCUUCUACGAGCGCCUACCGGACGGCUCCGCGGGGGACCUGGAUGUGUUCCGCUUCUUCGUCUUCCUCGCCAUUCUUCUGCUGAUUGUCGGAGUUGUCGGGACAUUCACGCUGAAGGUUGUCGACGAAGAAGACAUCUUUGAGGAAGCGGCCGAAGAGCUCGAACGGAGCGGCCUUUUGGAACGCAGCACCUCAUUCCUCAGCGCUCGCGACCUUGAACGCAGCAGGGCGUACGGCUCAAUCGGCCAAAUCGACGAAGAAGACGGCGGCGUGCUUGGGCCGGCGGAGGAUGACGCCAAACUUAGGAAGAAGAUGGUGCUCAACGCCGAGACGAGAAGCUUCCUUACCGACAAGACCAUGUGGUGUUUUGCCCUGGGGUUCCUGCUGAUGAUUGGACCUGGAGAGGCGUUCAUUAAUAACCUCGGCACGGUCAUCGGGACUCUGUACCCUCCCACCAUGCGUUACGCCGGACCUCCGACGUCGGCCGCGACGCACGUUUCCAUUGUUGGGAUCACGAGCACGGUCGCUCGCUUAGCUACUGGAACCUUGACCGACCUUCUCGCACCUUCGCCGCAGACGCAGCACCUGCAGGUGUCCUCGACGUCUCCUUUCCUUCGAGGCAGGCCUACCAUUUCUCGUGUUGCUUUCCUCCUCUUCUUCGCCAUUGUGCUAUCUUUGGGUCUGGUCGCCCUGGCCUCCGGCUUCAUCCAAGAGCAUGGCGAACGUUUCUGGAUCGUGUCUGGUCUGAUCGGCUCCGGCUACGGUGCCGUAUUCAGUCUGACGCCCAUCAUCAUCACGGUCAUCUGGGGCGUUGAGAACUUUGCAACCAACUGGGGAAUCGUCGCCAUGUUCCCCGCUCUUGGGUCGACCUUUUGGGGUCUCGUCUACUCGGCGGUGUAUCAGUCCGGUGCAGAGAACUCGCCCCAGCGCGAGGGCGGUGGAGACGUGUUCUGCUACGGCCAGCAGUGCUACGCACCCACGUUCUGGGCCAUGGCCGUUACUGUCUGGGUGGCAUGCGGCAUGAUUCUGUUUGCCUGGAAGGGCAAGGGCGGAUGGGCGCAGCGCGGCAUCAUUAUCUAA